UUCUGCGAAAUCGGUCCUGAGCAGGGCUGUGCUGGAACAUUGAAGAGCCGUAGGCGAGGGGGGAGUGAGUCAGUCAGUGGGCAGACCCAGCCUCAGUCGCUGCUGCUGCUGCUGCUGCUGCGUAGAGUCCUCACGCUUGGGCUGCUGUUUCAGCACCGCGCCUUCUGAGGAGUGUGUGAAUGCGCUGGAAAGCCUCGCGAAGCGGGGGCGGAGAAGCAAACGCGGCGGCGGCGGCGGCGGCUCGGGUGCGAGGACUGCUGAGCUCUUCCCGAGCUCCUUCCGAUUUUCUUCUGCUUUCCGUCCCCUCGCGGGGUGGGGAGGAGGGGGAGGAGGAGGAGGAGGAGAAGGAGGAGGAGGAGGAGAGGAACAGGGAAAACUCCCUGCUGGUGCUACUUGGAUUACUUGAAACCACCGCUCGUGACCCUGUUUUCCGAAGAAGGGAGCCUUAUCACAGUCUAGCCUCUGAAGCGGGUCCGGGAGUGCACGACCCACGCGCGACGCCUCACCGAUCCGGAGUUCUGCGGAGAGGGGGCGCGGGAAACGACGGCGACCGAGGUCAAGAGGUAGGCUUAGCGGUGCUUCUCCUGGCUGGGAAUCCCAGACGGUCGUGGUUAUGUAAACGCCGAGCCCCGGCAGUGGAUCCCUCCUGGCUGCAACGGCACCCCACCCCGCCCCACCUCCACCCGCGAUCCGCAGCCUGAAGGAAGGCGACCAGCCGCCCGGCGCUCGACACACCUACCCACCCGGCCCUCGGAGGGCGAGAGGGCGGCGGCGGCGGCGGCGGCGGCCACAGGCAGCCAGCGCGGAGGAAGUUUUGCCCCGGGGCCCUCGCCCUGCCCCUCCCCCUCCCCCUCUUAAAUUAUUAUUACCUCGGGGACCGACGGUCGCCUGCAAGAUGUCAGCGGUGGCUUACAUGGACUUCGUGGCUGCCCAGUGCUUGGUCUCCAUUUCCAACCGCUCCGUGGCACAACCGGACGUGACCCGCGAAGCCGAGGUCCUGAAGAUGCCCGAGGAGGAAGCCGCCGCCGCCGUCGUGACCAAGGAAAUGAACGACCCCCGCGACUCCUGGAAGGAUUAUUGCACGUUGGUGACCAUCGCCAAGAGCUUGCUGGACUUGAACAAAUACAGACCCCUCCCCGCCCCUUCCAUCUGCAGCGACAGCGUGGAGAGCCCCGACGAGGACAUCGGCUCCGACAGCGACGUGACCACCGAAUCGGGGUCGAGCCCUUCCCACAGCCCGGCCGAGGGCCAGGAGGCUGCCCGCGGGCCCGGCGCCUUGGCGCUCCUGCACGGCGGAGGGCCGGCCAAAGGGAAGCUGGCCGCGGAAAAGAGACACAAGUGCCCCUACAGCGGCUGUGGCAAAGUGUACGGCAAGUCCUCCCACCUCAAAGCCCACUACCGAGUGCACACAGGUGAACGACCUUUUCCUUGUACAUGGCCAGAGUGCCUUAAAAAGUUCUCUCGCUCCGAUGAGCUAACAAGGCACUACCGAACCCACACUGGGGAGAAGCAGUUUCGAUGCCCACUUUGUGAGAAGCGGUUCAUGCGGAGCGACCAUCUCACCAAGCAUGCCCGUCGCCAUACCGAAUUCCACCCUAGCAUGAUCAAGCGAUCUAAAAAGACCAGCUCUGCCUCCUUUUGAAGGAAAGACUACAACAGGAGUGAGAGUAGGGAGAUGGCCAUCAGUGAAAAAGGCAGAAUGGAUCAGCACAAAUAUGUCCACCACUGUACAGUAAAAUCCCCCCCCGACUUGCAUUUUUAAAGCACAUGUAGCUGGAAAUUUAAAGAUUAACAUUUUUGUUCUGUCCACCCUGCUGUGCUACCAACCACAGUCUUAAACCAGGGGCUGCUGGGUGGGCGUGGGGGGUUGGGUGGGGAGACUGUAUGGGGAUGAGCAGAAAUAAUGCAACUUUUUUUAGUUUAAAGAAUCAACACUGGUGUGUGGGUGCAUGUGUGUGAACACAGACACACACACACACAUCUGUAUAUAGUUAUAUGUGACUGGGUGAUUUGACCUGUGACACCACAGUAGUGAUUCCAAGCUCUUUGUGAUUGCUGUGUCAUGGAGAUGUUUUGUUGACUAAUGUAAUGCUGCUUGUAUUUUAAAACAAAACAAAAAUCCAGUUUAGUGAAACCACUUUCCAACUCACUUAAGUAUUUUUCAAGUAAAACAAAAAACAAAAACAUCGUAGCACAUGAUAGAUGGAAUUUCACAUUUCUUUCUAAGUGGUCCACCCUGUUCAAGACUGUUAAGGAAAAAAAAUCAUUCACAGUACCAGAUUGGUGGAAGGAAACUGUACUUUUUACCAAGUUAUCCUUUUUGAGCUGCUCUUUUUUUCCCCCCAGUGGAAACAUGCACAGAAAUCAAUUAUGAAACCAAAAGGAAAACAAGAAAUCAGCUGGCAUCACACACAAGAGGCUAUUCUUUGCUGUGUAGAAAAGAAACAAUGCAACCUAAAUCGUGCAAAGAAAUGUGGCAGAAAUAUGAGACUAUUUUUUUUCUCCUUUAGCUGUUCCUAGACUUUCAUCUGAAAAGCAACCAUAUACUGUACUGUACUAUAUGAAUACCACUACCAGUGCUUUACUCUGCUGGGUUUUGUUGGAAUGAAUGCAUAACAGCAGCUACCAUCUUGAUAAGCUACCACUUUUAUAAAAGGUUUUUUUUUCUCUUACGACUCUUUCUCUCUUUUCUCAAUGGUGCAUUUUCUUCACCUCUCGCCAGAAUUCUGUCUCAGCUAACAGAACUAUGCGCAUUUGGAGUUGGUAGAGAACCUUUUUUUGUUUUAUUUUCACCAACAGAACAUUCUCUACAUGGACGAAGGCAACUAACACUAAUUUUUUUAAACUACUUUUUAACAAGUCUUCUUUUUCAUAAAUUGCAGCUGUUGUACAGAGUCUGGGGAAUAACAACCAAACUAACUGCAAGUAGGAAUCCAGACUCAGAUGCAGGAGGCGUGUCGAAAUACUUUUCACGACACGGCCUCACCACUACGUACCUUGCAAUCUCAAUCCUCCGUAUCAGGCUUGAUACAGUUUAAUGAUAAUGGCAAUAUUUCAUCUGUUUCAAAUGCUACAGUUUGCUCUUCGGAACAGAGGCACCAUCCACAUUGGAGAAAAGCUCUUGCAUCUAGCCAAGCUGUGUCAUCUUUGUUAAUGUUGAAAGCAUGAACCUGAUGAAGGUUGUAAUCCAUGGACGUUCCCUUCCCCCAUCUCUCGUGAUGAUGGAGAAUCAUGUUUACAGACUUCCCUCCUGCCCCCUCUGCCCUUGACUCUUCUUUCUCAUGAUGAAAGGCGUGGUGCAACUGUCCUAUGUCGGGCUAACUUUGUGGGUGAGGAAAUCACACGGUAGCCGGAGGGAUUACACCAGGAUCAGUUUGCCCAACUUUGUAAAGAAUCUGUACAUACGACCUUGUAAAGUAUACCUGCUAUGACAGUAUCUUGUUCUUGUUUCAUCCGAUAGAAAGCUAGCUUCCUAGAAAAAUAAAAUAAAACAUCUCAGAGAGUAGAAUAUUCUACAAUUGUCUGUGGCUUCCAGCACUAGAACUCAGUGUGCAUCAAGCAUUUUUACUUGUGUGGCUCAUUAUAAAACCUGUCUAUGCGAAAAGAACAGCUUUUAAAUAAAGGUGUUGGGGCAAUGAACAACUUAAUGGCAUUUCAGAAGCAAAAAGGAAUGAGUGUUCUUCAGUGAAGACAUGUCAGGAAACCAAGCACACUUUCUACCUCCGUUUCAACUUCUUGAAACGUUUAUUUUAUGAUAAACCAAAAUUAAUUUCUGGUGUCCAAAAUAAAUUGUAGGGAUGUUUGUUCUUCCUUAUAAAAAUAGGUAGCCUGGCUCUUUCUAUUGCUCGAGUGUAUAAAAAAAAAAAGAGAGAGAGAAAGUAUUCUGCUUUUAUCAGUACUGUUAAUGCUGCCUUGUUUAAUAAGGGUGAGGACUAUGUGGUUGGUCAGCAGCUCGCAAAUGUGGUACUAUUCCAGUCGUCCUCCCUUUCUAUAUGAAACCAAUCCUCUGGAGCCUAAGCUCUAGUCUGAGUCCUAUUAAACAGUUUGCCAGAUCUUUACUGUUGCUUUGGGAUAGGACAAGUGCAGUUUUAGCAAAAGAGAGCCCAAAAGCUGAAUGCUGUUUUUUCACCUUUUGUACAAAGCAAGCCAUAGGCACUUAAAAUGGCACCCUCCUUAUCAGGUCACAAAGGCAGAUGAGAAUAAUUAGGUUUGGUGAAAUGGUGGCUAGGGCACUUGCCCAUUCCCUGACAGCUGUGGACUCUUUUUUUGAUCUCAUAUGACAUGUGGCCACCUCCAGUCCACCCGAAGGUUCUACGUUGGUCCCUUGGGCUGGAAAGCUCUAGACGGCCAAAUGGUGCUAUUCAUGUUGCUCCCUUGUGGACUUCAGGGUAUAGAAAUGAUGGCUUUGCCUUCACCCCACCAGCCAAACCAUUUGCAGAAUAGUUUGCCGUGAUCUAAUUGGCAGCAUUUAUUAUUUGAACAACAAAUCAUAGGAACUGCUCUUCUCAUUUCUAAAAGGAUUCUUAUGGACAAAUCCAACCAUAGGAUGUAUAAAAUAAUGACUAGGUUGAUUUUUCUUAACAGCUCUUCCAGCUAUAAAAAAAAGAGUGAAUCCCCAAUGUAUUUCAUCCCCAAUGAAUCCCCAACCUUUGUGAUAUUCUGGUCAUUACAAUGAGGUGUGCACGAUCCUGCCUUCACUAGAUAACGUGUAUUAUUUCUAGCAUUGGAGUGGCCACCAGUUUGCAAUGAGUAGGCUGACUGACAUGUACUGUAGGUAAACCCAUUAUAAGCUACUGAGGAUGUCUCCACUAAUGUGUAUUGAGAGAUGAUAAAACUUCUGGCUUGAUAACCAUUAAACAUGUCAGAUCACCCACUUUCUGCAAACAGCCAUGAAUUUCUCCAGCUAUGAUGCAGGGGAAGCAACUGGCACGAUAACUUUUAAUUGGGGCUGUCAUGCAUACCAAUAGUUAAGCUACCGAUUGACACUGGCCUGCUUCCUAUAUUAGUUUUAGACAAUGUGUGCAUAACCAGGUCUUAAAAGGGCUGGUCUGGCAUUUGACAGCAAACGGGGUUGAGAAUCUUGGGCAUGAUUUGUCUGCUGCAUAAGUCAUGUAAGAUGCCUCAUUUGCAGUUGUUGGGGCAAAAGGAGAAAUAAGGUGCUUAAUUCUUACCCAUUCAGAGUUUUCUUCUUCCCAAAUAAAUCUCUUCCUUAGGCUGAAAUUAGUUGGUAAUUUGAAGGGCAAUUGAACAGGAUUAAGCAUGUGUAGUACAGAUCCUUGUCCCAGCAAACUGUUUUCACUUAGCAGCAGAAGCAAGGAUUUCUUCAACCUUGCUUGCUGACAACUGCACCCAGCUGCACUAUCAUUGUUAAAAUGUUUUUCUGUGGGAACUGUAACUCCCAUGGCUGUGCCCCAGAAAAGAGACGUAGGGCUCAAGCAUCCAGGAGUUUCAUGAGGGUUACUCUCAGAAGCAGGGAAUGUUUAUUAGGGUUUUAAUCUCAGCAUGCUUACUUGAAAGCAGCAGUCCUUCAAAUGAAUGAAACUUGCUUUCAAAUAAAUCUGGUAAGCAACAGGAUGUAAAAUAUGCUUUUUAGGAGUCUUCCAAAAGUAACAUCAGAAACUACCCAAAGUUUAUUAACCACUAACAAAAUAAAAUCGGACAAGUUUGUCAGAUUUGGUGUAAGAGUAAGCAGUGAACGUCACUUGCAGACUUGACAGCGCAGUGAAAUAGGUUGUGAUCUUUUAGCAAAUCGGAAUUUGAGCAGAGGCUACAGCAGGUGUUGACCAGAAGGAAAAAUCAAGUUCUUGGUGAACUUCUUUGCCAGGCCACUCUGGAAAUUCUCAAAAGAGUGCUGACGUGAAAGCAGCUCCUCGCCUCCAUUCAGAAAGACCUUCCUAGAGAAGCCAUGGCUUUAAACUACAGCUAUACAACAUCUUUUGUGAACAAUUUUGAUGACUUCUAUACAGGUCUCUCCUGUUUGUUGAUGGACUUAGCCCAGUAUGCACCAGACAUACUUUUCAAAUGCUGUUUUAUUGCAGGUUAACAAAUCUGUAACACUGUAAAAUUACCAAUCUUUACAACUUUAAUCCAUUUUAUUUUUGUACAGUAUUCGUAUCCUUUCUAAGUUAUUUUGCUGUCCUGUUUUGUAAAUCAUAUGAAAUUGUAAAAAAAAAAGAAAAAAGAAAAAGAAAAAAGUAGGAAUAGGUGUUUUUGUACAUAUGUAUAUAAAAUGUCCAAAUACUUAAAAGAAAUAAAAUGAAACAAAAUGGAAAAACUGCUUGGGAUGAUUUGUAUCAGAGUUUGAUUGGUCAAAAUUGGAUAGUACAGAAAAUAAUGAGAGGAAAUAUCUAUUAACAAUGGAGUUGAAUCACUCUCCCCAUUCUGAUUCUUCCAGAUCAGCAAGACAACUCCUUAAUCUUCCAGUCGCUUAAAGCCUUUGGAGUUGAAAUUCAAUAUACAGGGAGGCCAUUAUGUUGGGCAAAGUUGAUUUAGACAGAUAAAAGUAAAACAAGCAAUUAAAAUGGCAGAACUGCAAGAUGGAUAACUUUUUUUAAAGGUAAAAAAAAAUGGUGAAGCAGGAGAGAAACAAAAAACCAGAGAAGUUUAUAGUUAAAACAUCCCAGUGUUUUAAAAAGGCAGAUUUAAUAUAUCAGAAUAAAAAAACACACACACAUACCAAGGUUCGGGAAAGUAUUGAGCCUCUAGAUCAGGGAUGUCCAAUCUUGGCAACUUUAAGACCAGUGGACUUUAACUCUAGUGAAGGUGAAGUCCACACAUCUUAAAGUUACCAAGGUUGAACACUUCUGCUCUAGGUGUUUGGAAUACAAUUCUCACCAUCCGACAAUUGGCCACACAGAAGAAUGUAUGGGUUUGGAUACCAACAACUGGAAGGCCCCAGAUUCUUCGUCCUUGCCUUUAGUCCCUGGCACACGCUAAGAUGUUUUUGAUAAAUCUGUUGCAGAAUCUGGGAAGUGCCAGUAUAAAGGCUCUUUCUGCAACUGCCCCAUCUCAACUGUGGAGGCGUAGGAAGAACCCUUUAUGCAGCUCUCAAUCUCAAUACUCAAGAGAUUCCAUGGCCCUCUGAAUGAUACUUUGAAUAUUUUGAAUCGUACUAAGAAAACAAUGGUACCUGGAAGGCAGCAGCUUUGUUUUCAUUCUGAUAGGAUGGGGGUUCUGGUAGUUGCAAGCAAGAACCCAAGCAGCAGUUCUUAUUUUGAACACUUUGCAUACACUUUCAAGAUCUUCCUACAUGCUACACAUAUCCGAUCUUAUCGGUUGGUCAAAGUAUCUUGUUGAUGCAGCAGCUUCUGUUACCAAGUCAAGAUAGGUGUAAGGGCAAUCCUUUGAUACCAACCUUCCUACCCAACCCAGCAACUCAAUCCUCAAGGUAGAGCAACUAGUCAGAACUAACCCUCACUUCUAAGUUGGAUUUGUAAAAUUCAGCAUGCAUUUUAAGUGCAUUAAAUGUGAAACAGUGUUGGUUUGUUCCUUCCCAUCUUCUCCUAUAGCCAUAGCAAUAGUACUUAGAUUUAUAAACUGCUUCACAGUGCUUUGCAGCCCUAAGCGGUUUAGAGUCACAUAUUGCCCCCAAUAAUCUGGGUCCUCAUUUUACCACCCUCGGAAGUAUGGAAAGUUCUGAUGCGCUGGCUGUUCUGUCUGACACACAGAAAAAGGAGUGUGUGCCAAGAUGAGUCAUUUAUUUUUUAGUCUUGGUUUCUGGAGUUAUUUUUCAGGGAUUCUCAUGCAAGUUUGCACAACAGGAUGCUGCUUCAAUAGAGCAGAAAUUGCCAAAGAUGAACAUUAAAUUUCAACACCAGAUUUAAGGACAGUCCUCUACCAAUCAUAACCUAAUUGUUAGGAAAAGGUGCACCCUUUGUCACCUGUGCCAUCUACUUACGCUAUUUUAUUUCAUACCAUUACUGACUUUGAGUUUCCUGUGGGUACAGAGGCAAGUAUACGUUGAAGAAAUAAUCAAAUUAAGCAAUAAUUCUUUGUUUCACUUAUGUAAAGAGAUAUUGUGACAUACUCUGCUUUGAUUAUGUUACUUUUGAUCGUAUGUUUUGCAAAGUUAAACCUCCAAAUCUAGUGCCUUCCAGAAGUAUUAGCCCAACUCUCCUAGUUCCCUAGCCAGCUACCAGCCUGACCUUUGGGAGAUAGGAGAAUUGGCCAUGAUGGAUAGUAGAGGGGGGAUGGAAGAAGGAGAGAGUUGGGGUGAUCCUGUAUUGUUAUUAGAGUGGAACUUUUUGGCAUUUAUUUUGGGUUUGUAUUAAAGAAAAGAAUAAGUACAUUUCACUUUAGGCUAAAAGGACCCAGUCUCUUUAUGCUAAAAAAAAAAAAAAUCAAAUUUGGUCCUAUGUAGAUACAGAAUAAUGAAAUCUAAUAUAUCCUUUUCCAGGAAUGCGAAUUUACCUGUUAAAAAUGCAGAUGGAAAUAGUUCCUAUCUGGACCUUGAAAACUCUUUUUGUGCUUUUGAAAAAGUGAGCAAAGGUAAAUUGCUGACUCCCAGAUGGAAUAUUUAACUCAAACCUUAAUAUUCUGUGGUAUCUAAUUUAUUGUGGUAUUUGGUAUCUUUAACUCCUUGCAGGAAAAUCUGAUUAGCCUGGUCUUGUUCUAUGGAGGGGUAAAGAAUGCUGGGAACAGCCCAUAAGAUAACAACUUAUCAACAGUUCUUUCAACUUCAGUGUUUUCCUACCAGAACUAAUAGGAUUAAGUCUGAGGGAAAAAUGGAUAUUAAACCAAUACUUUUAAAAAUCUAUUAUUACAUUAUUUUAUGUAAUCUUCUUUCAAUACUAGCAACACCAAACAUUCAUUCUUGCUUAAUAUUUUGAAUAUUGCUUUAAUGCCUUCUUCAUAUUUUUUGCAAGGUAUAUUUUAUACAACAGCAUCACAAUGUUAUCAGCCUUUUCCCAACAUAACUCAGAUUGCCCAUUCAAACGAUACUCAUUUUUUAUUUGUUCCUGAGCCAUCUUUCAUUACUUGCAAAACAGCUUGCAAGUCAGGGAAUAGUAAGUUCGUGAAGAUUGCCAUAAAAACUUAACAUUAAAAAUAAUCCUAGCCAUAAAUAAAGAAGCAAGAAUUUUAACACUUGAGCACCAAGAAAGUCAACAGGACAAUAUGCAGAAGUCAGAAUCCUUUUGAGCCUUAUAGAAACCCUGUGGUAACUGUAAAAUAUCAUCCAUUUUUUAAAGAAUAUCUAUGACCUAAACAUUGCAGCUUUAGACAAUGUACAAAGAAUAAUUCCAAGUGCUUACACCUAAAAUCUAGCUUAUUUAAGUCAUAUAUAUGUUCUUCAUAUAAUAUGAAAUGUAAGCUUUUGUGUGUUAAUACUGUAACAAGAACUCCUUGAUUUUUGGGGGCAUAAGCGCAUCCAGCUAGAAUAACUUUGUUUAUAAUGGCCAAAAACAGGAAUGCAAAAGUUUGAUGAGAAAAAAACAACAGACAAUGAUUGCACAAGAGGAUGUAACUUAGGGCAAUCUUUCAUAAUUUCAGUUUCUUCAAAUAUGUUAGAUCCUUUAGCUGAGAAUUACUGUGGUAUAUAAAGUUGGGAACGACUGUAAGCACCACAUAGACUCUCACAGGAAAUCAUAAGCUUAGGUCAUGCAGUUUUUGGUACUGUCUGGAUGAUACUGAAGUCCAAACUCCCUGCAAUUCCAGCCAACAUGCUCAAUGGUAAAGGAAUAUGGGAAUUAUACUUCAACAGCACCUGGAUGGCAAAAUGUUGCCCAACAUUACAAAGGCUGAUUAGGUUAUUUUACAGACUAUUGUUACCUGCAAUCCUGUUUGCAACUCUCUCCAUCCAAACAGCCUAGAACCUUAUUCCUUCUCUAAGUUGUAAUAAAGUAAAUCAGUCAUUAGUUAUCUAUUUCAAGCAGAAAGAUAAGGGUCUUUCCUGGAAUUCAAAGUGUUGGUGGAAUCCUGCUUCUACCUUAUCUGCAAUUCAGCAAACCUUGAUGAUAUUACUAUUUCCACAGGACCAAUGUUUCCUUCUUUUUGUUUUGUUUUCCUGGCUGAGAUUUCCAAAAGCGUCCACCAUUGGUGUAACUCAGGGCUCUUCAAAACUUGAUGCUUUUAUGACUUGUGGUCUUCAACUCCCAGAAUCCCUCAGCCAGGCACGCUGGCUGAGGAAUUCUGGUAAUUGAACUUCACAAGUCAUAAAAGGGCCAAGUUUGAAGACUCCUGGUGUAACUGGUCUAUAUUCCCCACAGCCAAUAGACAUUUGCUAUAGAGAAGGUGCAGUCCCAAAUAGUUUUCAGCUAGAAAAGAGGCCUUCUUUUCAUUCUGAAAGUUGAAGGCAUUAACUUCCUUUAAAAGCUUCCAAGUCCACACGGCAAAGCAAAUCUCCUGCAGCUGGUAUUAGAGUGGCCUCUGGCGGUAAACUAGAGUCAGUUCAAUAUUAAAGAAAACCUAUACAUAGAAUUCAAACACUCUUGAGCACAGCAAUUUGAGUAAGAGAACUGAAAUGAACCUAAUUCAAAUUCUUUCCCUACACCUUCAAAAACUACUAGUGGUUGCUGUAAACAUUUUUAAUCCAUCCAAGUAUCCAAACUCUUACAAUUAUACUUUCUUCAGCAACUUGGCUGGAGUUUCCUUUCACUGUUACCUCUUCCACACAGAUAGUUACUGAGCUGCAUGAUGAAAGAACAUUGUAGCUAAUCUAUGUUGCAAGGGCACACACAAUGCUACACACUGUGUCUCUGUAUGGGAGUAAUAAGCUCUCUAGAGUUCCAGGAAAAGGAAGUGAUGUAAGUAAACAGAAAAGUUCUUAGCAUCAAGUGACAAUGCAGAAAAAAAUAAUGAACUCCACCUACCUGGUCCCAAACUUAAACUUUUGGGUUUUUGUUAAAUGAAAAUCAACUGAUUGCAAAGAUCUAUACUUGCUAUUUAACUCUACAGGAGAGAAGGGUCAGUGUUCUCCUUUCCUAUGUAGAGUUAAUUAUCUUAGUUUUUUUAGUCACUUUCAUAAAACAAUAGUUUUAAACAAGGAACAUUAUUAGCCCCUCUGCUCCUAGCAUCUCAGUAUGAAAUUACUGCACUAAUCAUAGAGAUCUAAUUAAAAGGGCUUCUUUUACUAUUCACAUUUUUUUAAAUAGGAGAAUGGCCACAAUCAGAAUCGAAACUCUGCAUUCAUACCAGCCUACAGGGAAAAAAUAAUAAUUAAAAUAAAAACAAA